CAUCGCCGAUAAGUUUGCCAAGAACAUAUGUACGCCCAUCCACAGAAAUAUUCCCUUUCCCAUAUUUUUCGAAGCGUGUUAUUGCUUGAGUAAUUUUUCGCAGGAAGAAAAAUGGAAAAAGUUCUUCGUCGCAAAAUAAAUCAAGGAAUCGAAGUCGUCUUGUUGGAACAGGACAACUUCAUGGCAGAGGAAACGUGGACUAAAACUGGAGUCAAAAUUAAUUAUGAUGAGACUUUUAAAGGAAAAUAUCAACUCGAUUCGUACGUACUUAGGGUAACCGAGCAUGCCUUGGUGGGCCCGGGAAAUCCAAAACUUCGAAUUGCAUCCAGUCUUCAUAUCGAUGAAGUCACAGCAGAAUACCAAUUUUUCGAGUCUUGGUUCCUCUGUUUGUCAAAAACUGGUGAAUUUAACUCCAACUUUGAUCAGGCGUGGAAUAAAUUUAAAGAUUUGGCCAGAACCCAUAAAUCUGGAAUAUUCUCCGGCGACGAACUUGCCCAAUGUUUCGCUGGGAUUCGGAGCUACACCAAGGUCACGCAAUUUGCUAUUGGUGUCCUGACUAAAGCAGUCGUACUAAAAGAUCCUGAAAGACAGAGUGUGCCAUUUUCGGAGGUCGCAAAUUUGCUAACUUUAGCCAUAACGAAGAAAUAAGUAUGAAGAGGCGAAAACAAAAAAUCGCGCGGAUGAAAGACACAAGCUUCAAAUUAGAGAUUGGGCAAGCAUUGUUGCAUAUUUGGGAAUGUUGUUACAAAUGUUGACACGAUUUGAUUGAUACAAAUGCCACAAAAGUGUAUAAAUGUCACAGAGCUUUUUAGUUAACCACAUUCCUAAUUAAUUAGUAAUUGAUAAUUACAAAGAAAAUAUUUUGUCUAAUUAAUUGGUAAUUAGUAAUUAAACUGCUAUUUAAACCAAUUAAUUAGCUAAUUAAUUAAAAUAUUGACCAAUUUAUUGGUAAUCUUUAGUGAUUUUCUAAUUAAUUAUUAAUCAAAAUUAGUACCAGUUAACGUCAAUUAGUAAUUAAUAAUUACUUUAAACAUGCUAUUUAAUUGGAUAAUUAAUUAACCCUGGUAUAUCAUAAUCUUGGCAUUGGUUAUUGUUUUGCUUAGUUGUUCUAGACAUCUUAUCCGUCGAUGUGGUACUGACGUGCACACGAAUUUAAAUAUAUAGUUGAAAAUAUAUCAUAAAAAUAUAUUUUAACACUUUGAUGUGUCCGUGACGUGCGUAAUGAAUUAUAGCUUUGCUGAAAAUUUAUUUAACAAAUAAAAGCAGGAGCCGGAUAAACCUUCCAGAUUUUUAUCUGUUCUAGCCGCAUGAGUAGCAAUUAAUCACUAGGAGUAAUUAAAAAAAAUCAAAAUUGUACAUUGAUUGACACCCUUAGCGUAAUAAAUACUUAAUAAUAAGCGAAACUUAA